CCUUAUAAGUUUCAAACGGAGUUCUUUCAAACACUUCAUUAUGAAUUUGAAGGAGAUUCAUCGAUGUUAAAGAACAAGUCAGAUUUUGGUGGAAAUGUGAUUGAGUUUGUGACUUCACCAAAUAAUCCAGAUGGGAAUUUGAGAAAUUCAGUUUUAAAAGGUCCAAAUGUGAAGACAAUUUAUGAUCAUGCUUAUUAUUGGCCUCAUUACACUGCAAUUCCAGCUCCAGCUGAUGAACAUCUCAUGAUUUUCUCCAUGUCUAAGCUCACUGGUCAUGCUGGAAGCAGAGUUGGGUGGGCUAUAGUGAAGGACGUGAAUGUAUAUAAAAGAAUGAUGGAGUUUAUUGAUGUUGCUGAAAUGGGGACCUCAAAAGAUGGUCAGUUGAGAGCCUUAACUCUAAUGAAAGUUGUUGCUCAAGGAGAUGGCAAGCAACUCUUCAAUUUUGCACAUCAAAUCUUAAGUGAUCGCUGGGAAAAAUUGAGUCGCAUUUUCUCUUUAUCUAAACGUUUUAGCCUCCAACGCAUUCCAACUCAGUAUUGCACAUUUCUUGACAGAGUCAGAGCACCAUCUCCAGCUUAUGCAUGGGUGAAGUGUAAGAGGAAAGAAGAUAAAAACUGCACACAAGUUUUCAGAUUAGCAAAAAUCAUAGGUCGUCCAGGUAGCAAAUUCUUUGCAGAAAAUCGUUAUGUUCGGCUCAGCCUGCUGAAGGGUCAGCAUGAUUUUGAGAUGUUGAUUCGUCAAAUGAAAAAAUUAGUUUCCCAAGAAGAUGGAGUGGGUGCACAAGCCAUAUCAAGUUUUUAACUACUCUAUGAUUAUGCAUGCAUACCUCCUACGUAUAUGAUUUAAAAUGUCGUGUGAACUUCCUUGACUUUCAAAAUUUCUUUAAUAAAACUAUGACUUGGCCAGCGUA